UCAUCUUCGUUGUGAUCAUAUUCUUCCCCAUAUAUCAUAUAUGGUUUCAACAAUGAGUUGGUCGCUUCCUCGGAUUGCUUUUUUCAUGACGCUUUUGUUUUAUGGAUCCGGUGCAGGAGAACAACAGAUCAGGUGCAUAGAAGUGGAGAGACAAGCACUCCUCAAGAUCAAACAAGAUCUUCAUGAAAUCAAGGAAGGCUUUCUUUCAUCUUGGGGAAAUGAAGAAGAAAAGAGAGACUGCUGCGAAUGGUACGGAGUUCAGUGUUCCAACAACUCUGAUCAUGUCAUUGCUCUUGAUCUCUCCCCUUCAUCGCCAGUUGAUCCUUAUGAUCCAUUUCAGCUGCAAGGCAAGAUUCCAAUAAGUACUCAACUGCAAAGCUUUGAGGUGAGUUCGUAUGCGGGGAAUUCUGAACUCUGUGGAGUCCCACUUCCAAGAAGUUGUCCAGGAGAUGAACCAACUGUUCCUACAGCUCCUAGUGCUCAUGAUGAAGGUGGUGAGGACACAUUCAUAACACAAGGAUUUUAUCUCACCUUAGGCCUUGGAUUUGUGGUUGGAUUUUGGGGAGUUUGCGGCCUCUUAAUCUUCAGCAAGACUUGGAGACAUUCAUACUUCAAUUUCAUCGAUGAUGUCAAACAUUGGAUUUACGUAAGGCUCGCGUUGCACAAGGCAAAACUACUAGGAUGA